AUGGGUCAUUUUGUUACGAACAAGCCAGAAGCCAAACUAAUAACUGGCCAAGUGGAAGUGGCUCAAGUGUUGGCACCAACUACAGAUGAAAAUAUAGAUGAAGAAUCAGACGUCAACAUGGAAGAUGACCAGUCGGCGCUGUACCAACCACCAUUGAACCAGGUAUGGGACACCAAACUGAGAAAGGUGAUGCAAAGCAGUGGUUUAUACCAAAAGCACCCUCUGGAUUGUGAUCUGCUGGCUGGAUUUGGGAAAUAUCUCCGUGACGACAACAAAAUUCCCAAUUUCAAACAGGAGGUUGCAAAUGUGUCAAGGUUUUUGUUUUACAUGGGCUCAAACAAACCAUCGCUGGAUUUUGUUAAUAACUUGGAAAAAAGCAGAUCAUUUUUUACCAAGCUUGCAGACAUCGGACAGAAGAAGCAAACCAUUGCCAACUACAUGAAGAAUUUGAAGAAAUUUAUUCGCUACAACAUCACCACUACAAGCCUUAUUCAGACAGACAGAGCCGUGUUUGAGCAAUAUACACACAGAUGGUGUCAGUUGCGAAGACACCAAAAGAAUGUUGGGAAAUUGAGGGUGGCGAAGAACGAAUUUCUGUGUAUCAUUGGGAAGGCCAUGAAUGAAGAAUCCUUGCUGGAAACUGAACAACUGCAUGUUCUGUACUACCUUGAGUCUCUGCUCAUGCUCAAACAUCUCCAAAGGGCUGGAGUGAUCAAACAUUUGACCCUGAGCGAAUGGCUCUCGAGGAGCGCGUGCAAGUUGCCAGAUGGUGAGAAUUGGACUGUCGUCGGUGUUAAGAAGCACGAAACAGCAACGCAGCAAGUUGCAACCAUUUUGUUAGAUGAGGAGGAACAUGCAUGGUUCGAUGUGUACUACCGACAUGUUCGACCAGCUUUUCUUAAAAACUCUGAUGACAUGCAAGAAGAUGAGAGAUUCUUCAUUUCCACAACCGGGAAACCCAUCUACAACCCAUCCAAUGACCUACAAAGGUUUCAUGCAAAAUACAACUUGCCCAACAUCACGAGCCAGGUAGCAAGAAAAGUUUUUGAGACAAAUACCAAAGCCAGCUUCACAGACCAAGAGAUGUCCCUUGUUGCUGACUACUUGGCCCAUACAACUGCUACAACUAAAAAGCAUUACCGCUUGAAGACAACAGUCAAUGCCUGCAUGGAAAUGAAGCUGAUCUCCAAAGUUGCCAUGUCCAUUGAAUCUGAUAGUGAGACUGCAGGCCCCUCCUGUGCAAGCACAAGGAGAAAAGGAGCAUUGUCCAGCAGCAAAAAGUUGGAUGAGGCACAGACCUUGAAACUCUUCUAUGAACACUUCCCUGUCACAAUUGAUGGACAAUCAAUCAAGACGAAGGACAGACGACUGAUUGCAGGAACGUAUGAGAGAUACUGCUAUGACAAGUGGAGAAGCCAGCAAGAGAAAAUGAGACGUGAUUAUGUGAUCGCGCACUUCCCCAGAAGACAGCCCACUGCAAGUCAAGUAGAGAGAUACAUUGAAAGGCAGAACUGGGAGAAGAACAAAGUGAAAGUGGAGAAUGUCCUUUGUUACUGGCAACCUUCAAUUAACACUGACACACCAAAAGACAACAAGGCAAUUAAGAAGCUGGUGAAGUCCCAGAAGUGGAAAGGACUGUACAUUGCCAGUGACCCUGAUAAAGGAAAAAAGGUCAUGACGACACGUCCAUUUGCUAAAGGGGAAGUUGUCUGUGACUACCACGGUCUCCCACUCUCAGGGAAGCAUGGGAAAGAAUUGUUGGAAGCAACAGAUAAUGACGAGAUGGGGUUCCUUUACUUCUACAAGGAAUCGUCAGGGAAAACGUACUGUAUAGAUGCAAAGACUGUGCCCUGCCCUUGCCACCCAGAGAUGGACACAAUUGGACGUAGGAUAAAUCAUUCCAGAAAGAGAAGCAACAUAAAGGGUCAGCUUCAGCAAUUAGAAGAGGAUGGCCACGUGUGGAACAUCAUCCUUUUCAUUGCCCUACGAGACAUUCAGGUGCAACAAGAACUGUUAUUUGACUAUGGGCUGUCAAGAAAAUCUUUUGUUGGAGAAGGAGAAGAUUUGGAAUGGCUUGACAACUAGGUCCGUCAGCUUGAAAUCUGAUGGGUCUCAAAACAACCCCCCUUGGGUGGUGCUGUGGCGGAGAUAAGAGAGUGACCUUUGGAAGUGAUCUUCCCAGCCUGUCAACAUUUCGUUUUCUUCUGUUGUUAUACAUAUUGAAAGAGAAUGUGCAAUAUUAAAUAAUAGAUCAUCACACACACACAAACAUGGCUUCAUCGUUGUUCACAGUUUAUUCAUAGUUUCUCACCAUUUUUAAUUAUCGCUUAUGAUCAUAGUUUGAAUAUAGUUGGCCAUAGUUUCUAAUCAUAGUUUCUAAAUGUACUUUCUAAUUGUAUUUUCUAGUCUGAGAAGUUUUGGUACAAUAAUAAAGUCAAAUG